GCAGCAGGAGCAGUCCGUGCGCCACUAAUCCCAUUAAGCACUCCAGGCCCCUUUGAGGACCCGGUCGGCACACGUGGGGCCUCCUGUUCGGGCCGGAAGUCCUGCGAGCUGCCCGGCGGUGGCGGGCCGGUGUCUGCGCGCGGCGGGCGUGGCCGUGUGGGCCAUGGGGCGGCGGGCGCGGGGCCGGCGGCUCCCGCAGCAGCAACGGUCCGAGGGCGCGGAGGACGGCGCCGAGGGCGGCGGGAAGCGCGGCGAGGCGGGCUGGGAAGGCGGGUACCCGGAGAUCGUCAAGGAGAACAAGCUGUUCGAGCACUACUACCAGGAGCUCAAGAUUGUACCCGAGGGCGAGUGGGGCCAGUUCAUGGACGCGCUCAGGGAGCCCCUCCCGGCCACCCUGAGAAUUACCGGUUACAAAAGCCAUGCAAAAGAGAUUCUCCAUUGCUUAAAGAACAAGUAUUUCAAGGAGUUGGAGAACUUGGAGGUAGACGGUCAGAAAGUGGAAGUCCCACAGCCACUCAGUUGGUAUCCUGAAGAACUUGCCUGGCACACAAAUUUAAGUCGAAAAAUCUUAAGAAAAUCUCCACAGUUGGAAAAGUUUCAUCAGUUUCUAGUUAGCGAAACUGAAUCUGGAAAUAUCAGUCGUCAAGAAGCGGUUAGCAUGAUCCCACCACUGCUGCUCAGCGUCCAGCCUCAUCACAAGAUCUUAGAUAUGUGUGCAGCACCUGGCUCAAAGACCACGCAGCUGAUUGAAAUGCUGCACGCCGACAUGAAUGUCCCUUUUCCAGAGGGAUUUGUCAUCGCUAAUGAUGUGGACAACAAGCGCUGCUACCUGCUCGUUCAUCAAGCCAAGAGGCUGAGCAGCCCCUGCAUUAUGGUGGUGAACCACGAUGCCUCCAGUAUACCCCGACUGCUGGUAGACGUGGGGGGAAGGAAAGAGGUCCUCUUCUAUGAUCGAAUUUUAUGUGAUGUUCCUUGCAGUGGAGAUGGUACUAUGAGAAAAAACAUUGAUGUUUGGAAGAAGUGGAGCACCUUAAAUAGUCUACAGCUGCAUGGCUUACAGCUCCGUAUUGCAACUCGAGGUGCUGAGCAGCUGGCGGGAGGCGGGAGGAUGGUGUACUCCACGUGCUCCCUGAACCCCAUCGAGGAUGAAGCUGUCAUAGCGUCCCUGCUGGAGAAAAGCGAAGGUGCUUUAGAGCUUGCCGAUGUGUCUUCUGAAUUACCAGGGCUGAAAUGGAUGCCUGGAAUCACACAGUGGAAGGUGAUGACAAAAGAUGGACAGUGGUUUACAGAUUGGGAUGACGUCCCUCACAGCAGACAUACCCAGAUUCGGCCCACCAUGUUCCCACCCAAGGAGCCGGCCAAGUUGCAGGCCAUGCACCUGGAGCGAUGCCUUAGAAUAUUACCGCAUCAUCAGAAUACCGGAGGGUUCUUUGUGGCAGUAUUAGUGAAAAAAUCAUCAAUGCCAUGGAAUAAACGUCAGCCAAAGCUGCAGGGUAAGUCUGCAGGGAGCCGAGAAACCUCCCAGUUGAGCCCUGCAGAUCCCCCAGAAGGGAAACCUGCAGACCCCUCCUCGCUGGAAAGCCAGUCAGUCACUGGGACUGGUGACACAGAGAUAAUUCAAACAUCUGAGAAUUUAGAGAAUAAUGGCAACAAGAAAGAUGGCGUGUGUGGUCCUCCUCCUUCAAAGAAAAUGAAGUUAUUUGGAUUUAAAGAAGACCCAUUUGUGUUUAUUCCUGAGGAUGACCCGCUCCUUCCCCCUAUUGAGAGAUUUUAUGCAUUGGAUCCUUCUUUCCCAAAGAUGAAUUUGUUAACUCGGACUACGGAAGGGAAGAAGAGGCAACUGUACAUGGUUUCUAAGGAGCUGAGAAACGUGCUGUUGAACAACAGUGAGAGGAUGAAGGUUAUUAACACAGGGAUAAAAGUCUGGUGUCGAAAUAACAGUGGUGAAGAGUUUGAUUGUGCUUUCCGGUUGGCACAGGAGGGAAUAUAUACAUUGUAUCCAUUCAUUAAUUCAAGAAUUAUUACUGUGUCAAUGGAAGAUGUUAAGAUACUAUUGACUCAGGAAAAUCCAUUUUUUAGAAAACUCAGCAGUGAAACCUACAGUCAAGCCAAGGACCUGGCAAAGGGAAGCAUCGUGCUGAAGUAUGAACCGGAUCCCACGAAUCCCGAUGCCCUUCAGUGUCCCAUUGUGUUGUGUGGAUGGCGGGGAAAGGCCUCCAUUCGAACGUUUGUGCCCAAGAAUGAACGGCUUCAUUACCUCAGGAUGAUGGGGCUGGAGGUGUUGGCAGAAAAGAAGAAAGAAGGGGCCAGUGAAGCAAAUGACAGUAUAGGCCAUGCUGGGCAGCCGGAGGGUGAGGAGGGUGGGGAGCAGAGUGCAGAGGCCGAGGCCAAGGCCAGCAGCCCGGACGCGGCAGGCGGUGACCCAGAUGCGGCGGGCGGUGACCCAGACGCGGCGGGCUGUGAUCCACCUGGGGCCGAGCCAUCCCGGUGAGCAGGCCCACGCAGGUCUGCACCUUGGUCAGCAUCUUCAGAAACCAAAUCCAGAACUAUUUUGACAUAGAAAAUGUGUAUUUUUAGAUGCAGACCAGUUGGGUGGUAGGAACGGUCAGGUAGUUGCUGCUUUGGUGUGGAGCUUACAGCGGGACCCUUUGGGCACCUUGGAAGUUGUUCUUUUUAUCAGUGUUUGGUGUCCUUGGCCAAGGUGGGUCUGGCGUGUCUGUUGCUGGUAAUUGACUUUCACUGUUAGUCAUACUUAUGUAAAGAAAUAAAACUCCUGCAGAAAUUUCAGGUACAUUUUAUUAAGCCUAUAUUGGUCUUACAGUCCAGUAUUUUUUUAAUUAUUAUUUAUAGAAAGAAUCUGUACCUAUGGAUUGUUGGGAAACUAUCGUAUGAGCUUUAACAGUCGUAUCUGGCUGCACAGUAGCCGUGUGACGUGAAUAUGCAGAGGGGCUUCUUUGAGGCCUCAGAUGACGUCUGUGCCUUUUGUAAUAAAGGGUAAAACAAAACAUUUCUCAGAGGAAGAGCUGUAUCAUGAAUUGUUAUACUAAUUAUGAGGAGAUUUUAUGUACUUUUAUUGAAUGAAGUGAUUUGCAGUUUUUAUUUUUAAAUGGGAUUUGGGAUACUUGGAAUAUUUA